AUGUCAAAAAUUGUGUUUAAAAUUAACGACAUUCAAUAUGAAGGCAACUUUCUAUUUAUAGCUGAUGGAAGAUAUGGUCCAGAUGUAUCAUUGAACGAGUUUAUAAGGAACGUUGCAGACCUUCGAGGUACUAAAGUGAUGUGCCAAGAGGGAGGAUGUGGGGCUUGCAUCGUUUCUGUCCGGGCCCCGUUGCCACCUUCAAAUGAAAUAAAAUUAUUUUCUGUUAAUUCCUGUCUUGUAUCAAUCUUGUCAUGUCAAAAUUGGGAAAUAACAACAGUAGAAGGUAUUGGAAAUAGAACAAUUGGCUACCACGAAAUUCAGACAAGACUGGCAAAGUUUAAUGGCACCCAGUGCGGUUAUUGUACCCCCGGAUGGAUCAUGAAUAUGUACAGUCUCUAUGAAUCAAAGAACAAAAAAGUCAAUUCAAAAGGAAUAGAGAAUUCAUUCGCUAGCAACAUAUGCAGAUGUACUGGAUAUCGACCGAUAGCAGACGCGUUUAAAAGUUUCGCAACAGAUGCCGAUAAAAGCUUGCUAAAUAAAUUACAAGAUAUAGAAGACAUGGGGUUCUUUAAAUCGUGUGCUGUUAGAUGCACACAAGACAAUGAUUGGUGUAUCUUAGAUAAAGCUAAUACUCAGAUGAUAACUGUAGAAAGCGGUAAUCAUAAAUGGUUUAAGGUGUACAAUUUAAGCGAUGUGUUUAAAGCAAUAGAGGAAUAUCAUGAUUAUAAAUUGAUUGCUGGAAAUACUGGUCAAGGUGUAUAUCACGUAACAGAAUAUCCCAAGAAUGUUAUAGAUAUUUUCAACGUGUCUGAAUUAAAGGGAUAUACAAUAGAUGUGAAUUUAAUAUUAGGAGCCGGAAUGACAUUAUCAGAUAUGAUGGAUGUUUUUAUCAAAUUAGCAAAGGAAAAUGAAGAUUUUGCAUAUUUGAAAGAAUUUUAUAAUCAUAUGGACUUGGUUGCACAUAUCCCAGUUAGAAAUAUCGGUACUAUUGGAGGAAAUUUAUAUAUGAAGUUUCUUAAUAAAGAGUUCCCAUCUGAUCUUUUCCUACUUUUUGAAACUGUCGGAGCUAUGAUAACUAUCGCGGAUGCUCCUAAUAAGUUAAACACUGUAACUUUGAUGGAUUUUCUUAAACUUGACAUGAAAGGCAAAAUAAUUGUAAAUGUCAUGUUACCACCACUCUCGCAAUGUUGUUUGGUUAAAACGUUCAAGAUAAUGCCUCGAUCCCAAAACGCACAUGCGAUAAUUAACGCUGGUUUUCUUUUUAAAUUUAAACAUGGUCAAGAAAUACUUGAAAAAGCAAAAAUAGUUUACGGAAAUGUGAAUCCGCAAUUCGUUCAUGCUACUAAAACGGAAGAAGCUUUAAAAGACAAAGAUCCUUUUACUGACGAUGUAUUGAAAACAACUCUUGAAAUUUUGUAUGAAGAAAUUGAUCCAGAUACAGCGCCACCAGAACCAUCAUCUAAGUACAGGAAACUAUUAGCUGUAGCUCUUUAUUAUAAGGCAAUUCUCAGUUUAUGCCCUGAAACAAAGAUGGAUAAAAAAUACCGCUCUGGAGGAGACGUUAUUAAACGUCACAUUUCAAAGGGAACGCAAUCGUACGAUACAGAUGAAAGUGUUUGGCCGUUAAACAAACCCGUGCCAAAAUUAGAAGCAUUGGUACAAUGUAGUGGCGAGGGUACGUUUGCGAAUGACUUACCAACACAAACGAAUGAAGUUUUCGGCGCCUUUAUAACAGCUGAUGUUAUCCCGGGUAGUGUUAUUGCAGGAUUUGAUACAACGGACGCGUUUAAGCUUCCAGGCGUUAUAGCUUUUUACUCCGCUAAAGAUAUACCCGGAAAAAAUAACUUUACCCCUACAAAUGCCUUAUUGCAUUCGGAAGAGGAAAUCUUGUGCUCAAAAGACGUAAAAUUUAAUGGACAACCUGUUGGCAUUAUUGUAGCAAAUAGAGAAAAAAUCGCAACAAUCGCUGCUAAACUUGUCAAAAUAAAAUAUGAAUCAAUGUCUAGCAAAGUGCCUCUUUUAACAGUUCAAGGUGUUUUAAUGUCGGCAGAAAAAGAAAGAAUAUCUUUAGAUAAGGUGUUAGAACCGACUGACAUUGGUAAUGACGUUAAGAAAAUUAUAAGCGAUGAAUUGGUUUUCGAAGCUCAAUAUCAUUACUAUAUGGAACCACAAACGUGUGUCGUAAAACCAUCAGAAGACGGCUUCGAAGUAUACUCAUCAACACAAUGGCUUGACUUGACGAAUGUUGCUAUAGCUCAAUGUCUAAACAUUCCUGUAAAUAGUAUAAACGUAAUCGUUCGUAGAAUAGGUGGAGCUUAUGGCGGAAAAAUUACCAGAUCAUCACAAGUAGCAUGCGCUGCUGCUGUAGUGUCACAAUUACAAGGAAAGCCUUGUCGAUUUAUUUUACCGCUUCAAACAAAUAUGACAGUCGUUGGUAAAAGAGCACCGACUUAUUGUAAAUUCGAAGCGGGCGUAAAUGGAACUGGAGAGAUACAAUACUUAAAAAUAAUUUACUAUCAAGAUAACGGAUGUUCUAAGAAUGAGAACACUUCUGUCAUGACUGUCAUUCAUCUUCCCAAUUGUUAUGAUUCGAAGCGAUGGCAUAUUGAAGCGUAUGGCGUACUUACGGAUACGCCGUCUUCAACUUGGUGUAGAGCCCCUGCUUCAACUGAAGGCAUUGCAAUUACUGAGUUUAUAAUGGAAAAAAUAGCUCACGAGCUAGGUAAAGAUCCGAUACAAAUUCGACAAGCAAAUAUGAAAAAAGAGGACAAUCCUAUCUCCGAAAUAAUCGAACAACUAAAAAAAGAUUCCGACUACGAAAAAAGAUUACAAGAAGUGGAUGAUUUUAAUAAAUUGAAUCGUUGGAGAAAACGGGCUCUCAAAUUAAUGCCAAUGACCUAUGAAUUAUUUUACUUUGGUCCUUUUAAUUCUUUAGUAUCGAUAUAUCAUGCAGACGGUUCAGUUGUUAUAACUCAUAGUGCUACUGAAAUGGGACAGGGUGUUAACACGAAGGUAGCACAAGUAUGUGCUUACAUUCUUGGAAUUCCGCUAGAAAAAGUGAGUGUUAAGCCUACCACUAGUUUUAUAUCACCGAACAGUAUGCCCACUGGGGGUAGCAUAGGAAGCGAAUGCGUAGCUUACGCAACUAUGAAAGCUUGUGAAAUUAUACUAGAUCGAUUAAAACCUAUAAAAGAUAAAAUGAAGAAUGCCACUUGGAAAGAAAUUGUAGCAGAAGCGUUUAUUUCUGGAGUAGAUUUGCAAGCGUCAUACAUGUAUACCACCAAGGAACCUAUAAAGCCCUAUGAUAUUUAUGGCGUUGUAGCUUUGGAAGUAGAAGUUGACAUUUUAACUGGGAAUCAUGAUAUCCUAAGAGUGGAUCUGUUAGAAGAUACUGGCAGAAGCUUAAGUCCAGAGAUCGACGUUGCACAGAUUGAAGGUGCGUUUGUAAUGGGCUUAGGAUACUGGACGUCAGAGAAAAUUGUGUACGAUGAGAAAACAGGCAAACUGCUUACGGAUCGUACAUGGACAUACAAACCUCCCGGCAUCAAAGAUAUACCAGCUGAUUUCAGAAUAUAUUUUAGAAGGAACUCGAGCAAUAAACUUGGAGUUUUACAAUCGAAAGCAACUGGUGAGCCAGCUUUAUGCCUUGCGGUUGUUAUCACGCAUGCCCUACGUGAAGCGGUAAGAUCAGCUCGAUUGGAUGCAGGAUACGAAGACCAUUGGAUUAAUAUCGAAAAUCCGUGCACAACAGAGAAAAUAUUCAUGGCAACGGAGCACAAACUGGAGCACUUCAAAUUGAACAUAGAAAAGCGUUGCAGCGUUUCAAGUAAACCACCAGCUGUCUCCGAGUACACACCAUCGCAAGCAACGAUGCAGUUACCGAAACACCUAAAGAUAGCUGCGGGUUGCGCCGGAGCGGCCAUAUUUGGUAUACUCUUCGGCUGGGUAAUCUUUCCGACCAUAUUGAAAAGUCAAUUAAAGAAGGAAAUGGCGUUAUCAAAGAAAACGGACGUGCGCAUGAUGUGGGAGAAAAUACCUUUCGCACUCGACUUUAAAGUAUACCUCUUCAACUACACGAAUGCUGAGGAUGUGCAGAAAGGAGCCUUACCUAUUGUGAAGGAAGUCGGACCUUUUUAUUUUGAGGAAUGGAAAGAAAAGGUAGAUAUUGAAGACCAAGAUGAUACAGACACGAUAAAUUACAAAAAACUCGAUAAGUUUUACUUCAGAAAGGACCUGUCUGGACCAGGAUUAACGGGAGAAGAAGUAUUGGUUCUACCUCAUAUAUUUAUGCUGGGAUUGACCACAGUAGUAUAUCGAGAAAAACCAGCUAUGCUUAGCAUGCUGGCAAAAGCUCUGAACGGUAUAUUUGACAGCCCAAGUGACGUUUUCAUCAGGGUGAAAGCCUUAGACCUUCUUUUCCGUGGUGUUGUAAUUAAUUGCGCGAGAACCGAAUUCGCUCCGAAGGCAGUGUGUACAGCGUUGAAGAAAGAAGCGGCGGAACGCUUGUUAUUUGAACCUAACAAUCAGUAUAGGUUUUCUUUGUUUGGUCUGCGUAAUGCGACUGUAGACAAACACGUGAUCACUGUGAAGCGAGGCAUUAAAAACGUCAUGGAUGUUGGUAAAGUGGUCGCUAUUGAUGGUAAAAUGGAACAGGAUAAUUGGAGUGACCAUUGCAAUGAAUUUGAAGGCACAGAUGGCACCGUGUUCCCACCAUUUCUAACUGAAUUCGAUAGGUUGCAGUCAUUUUCUGGAGAUUUAUGCAGAACGUUUAAGCCCUGGUAUCAAAAGAAGAGCUCAUAUCGUGGCAUUAAGACCAAUCGAUAUAUAGCCAACAUUGGUGACUUGGCUAACGACCCAGCUCUUCAUUGUUACUGCGAAGAACCAAACAAAUGUCCUCCAAAAGGUCUCAUGGACUUGGCAAAAUGUAUUGGCGUACCAAUGUAUGUCUCAUUGCCACACUUUUACGAUUGUGAUCCCGAAUUAUUAAAUAAUAUAAAGGGUUUAAAUCCAGAUGUCAAUGAACAUGAAAUUGCAAUUGACUUUGAACCAAUAACAGGAACUCCGAUGGUGGCAAAACAAAGAGUUCAAUUCAACAUACAAUUACUGAGAACUGAUAAGAUUGAACUUUUUAAAGAGUUGCCAGACGUUAUCGCACCUAUAUUUUGGGUUGAAGAGGGCUUGGCUUUGAAUAAAACCUUCGUCAACAUGCUCAAGCACCAGCUGUUCAUCCCAAAGCGUAUAGUUGGAGUCAUCCGUUGGCUUCUCGUUGCGUUUGGCUUCCUCGGAAUGUUGGCCUGUUUGGUUUUCCAUUUCAAAGACAACAUAAUGCGCUUUGCCGUUACCCCCGACUCUGCCACCGGCACCAAAGUCAACCCGGAGAAUAAUGAACAGAAGGAAAUAAGCAUCGUCGGUAGAGAACCACCUAAAAUAGAAGCAUAAUUUUAUUAUCACAAUUAA